AUGGGCAAGGAUGGAGAUGAGGUUGACCUGGAUUACUAUCUUGGUUCAAGUGACGGACCUGGUGUGGUGAUUACACCGGUCAGAUUGCGCGGCACCGCUAAUUACGAUGAAUGGGCAAAGGCCGUACGUCGGAGUAUGAUCUCAAAAUUCAAGUUUGGUUUCCUUGAUGGUUCAAUUAAGGAACCUACGACUGAUACAACAAAGAUGAAACAUUGGAUUGCUGUGAACUCCAUGUUAGUGUCGUGGAUUACAUAUACGAUAGAGGAGAAUUUGCGAUCUACGACGGAGGAUUUCGAUAUUGCGAGUGAGUUAUGGGAUCAUCUGCGGAAGCGGUAUUGCAUUGUAAGCGGCACAGGAGUGUGCCAUCUGAAAAUGGCCUUGAGUGACUGCAAACAGUCGGUGAACGAGUCUGUCACUGACUUCUUUGGUCGUUUAUCAACAGUAUGGAAGGCAUAUGUGCAGUAUGCUGAGAUUCCUCGGUGUACUUGUGCGGGAUGUUCUUGCAAUAUUGCACGUCAGGUGGGCGAGAUAAGGGAUGAAGAACAUUUGCGUUAUUUUUUGAUUGGCUUUGAGAAUCACUAUGAAGCCAUCCGUGCUCAAUUAUUGGCACAAUUUCCCUUGCCGUAUGUGGAUGAGGCAUACCAAACAGUCAUUAAUACAGAAAACAUGCGUGUGAAGGGAGGUAAAGGGAAGGAGUCUGUCAUGGCAUUUAAGGUGGAGGCCAAAUCUGGUACGAAAUACGGAGAGGGGGUGAGAAGUUUUGCCAACAUUGUAACCGAGAGGGACAUAAUGAGGAGACAUGUUACCAGUUGA